AGGGUAAAAAUGAACGUAGGAGUCGCCCACAGCGAGGUAAAUCCAAACACACGGGUGAUGAACAGUCGUGGAAUGUGGCUGACAUACGCGCUCGGAGUUGGCAUGCUGCACAUUGUCUUGCUCAGCAUUCCGUUCUUUAGUGUCCCGGUUGCCUGGACUUUAACAAAUGUGAUUCACAACCUGGGAAUGUAUGUGUUUUUGCAUGCAGUAAAGGGAACUCCUUUUGAAACUCCUGAUCAGGGGAAAGCUAGGCUACUAACACACUGGGAGCAACUGGAUUAUGGAGUACAAUUUACAUCUUCAAGAAAAUUCUUCACAAUCUCUCCUAUAAUUCUAUACUUCCUGGCGAGUUUCUACACAAAGUAUGAUCCAACUCACUUUAUCCUCAACACAACCUCUCUCCUGACCGUGCUUAUCCCCAAGCUGCCGCAGUUGCAUGGUGUUCGAAUCUUUGGCAUCAAUAAAUACUAAGCAGAAGGUUUGACAGUGACCGCCCCUGACGCGGGUACUGCUGCUCCCCAGGUGAAGGAAAUGAGAAAUGAGCUGUGCCGUGUAUCUAAUCCUAUUCAACAAGAGAUGCUUUUACAUUUGAGAUACAAUUCCUGCCUCCUGCAGCAUUGUCAGGGAUGAAAGUUUGUAAGAAGAUACCUUCAAAUACUUAAAUGUGAAUUGGAAAUAUCUAGAAGAAAGAUUUCCAAGAAGAACUGGGCAGGCCCAGCUCCAAAGCAUAAUCACCACUAAGACUGUAUGUAUGUCUGGCUGAUGGAAGUGACUUGUAAGGAAGGUGCGAG